AUGCCGCACGUCGAUUUGCCGCAAGCGGAGUUCAAGGUCGUCUUAUUGGGCGAUUCGUUUACCGGCAAGACAUCGUUGGUGCUUCGAUUUGCCGAAGGCUAUUACCGCGAAUCGGCGCGAAGUCCCACGGUGGGCGCCUUUUUCAUUACCAAGCGGUUGACGAUCCCCAGUAGCGGGCUGACGUGCAAGAUUCAGAUUUGGGAUACCGCCGGUCAAGAACAGUUCAAACCGUUGGCGCCCAUGUACUAUCAGUCGGCAGCAGCGGCCAUUCUCUGUUACGAUCCAACAUCGCCAAAGUCAUUGGAGACACUCAAGUAUUGGUUGGACGAACUUCAUCGCAAUGUGCCGGCAGGACGGAUCGUCAUUGCCAUGGCCGCUUGCAAAUGCGAUCUCAUUGCUCAACAAUCAUCCUCUGUACCAUCUCCUACACAAGCAGGUCAAUCCACACAAGAUGGAGGAUCGCCAUUGCCACCGCCAUCACAACAACCAUCGCCGAACAAACUGCAAACGGCCGUGGCUGGAUUGCAAGAAGUGGAAGACUUGGCGGCACACAUGGGGGCCAUUUUUGUACCGACAUCUGCCAAACACAAUGACAAUGUCACGGAACUCUUUGCGCAAGUGGCUGAACGCGUCUUGCAGUUUCAAAAAUCAAAUGACAUUCCCGUCACCAUGGGAGGCACUCGAUCUCGACCGUCGUCUCCUCUGUCGUCCUAUCCACCACGGUCACCACCAUCCUCGUCCUCGCCUCCCUACCACCCCCGUCCAAUUUCCCCCAAAAGUCACAGCCAUUACAGUCCCACGGCCAAUAGUACGUCCCAACGAUAUUCCAGUACCAGUCUCCAUUCCACCGCCACGGCACCCACCAGCAAUAUGAAUCGAGAAGAUUACCUACAUCGACGCAAUCAUCAUCAUUCCUUGGAUCUAGACAAGAACCACAAUAGCGCCAAUGCCGCUGCCACUGCCGCUCCUUCGUCUCCCUCUCGAUUGGCAUAUACGGAUCCCAAUCGCAUGAACGAAAGUCCCAUUGUCAUCCAAGCAUCACCGCCGCCACCCAUUACGCCCGAAGCAGGAGCAUCUACUCAAACCAAGAAUGGCCUUGUCAUGUGUGGCGAUGCCGAUUAUCUCAAUUGUGCCAUGUUACCCACCGACUUGUCCAAUCACAUGAGUCAAUCCAGGUGUGUCAUUUUGUAA